CUUGAAAUCGCUAAAUGAGCGGUAAUUUCUGGCGCUCCCGUUGUAGCGGGUUGGAUUGUCUGGUUUUAGUCCGGGUUUUAAGAUCAUUUGAGUCUGAGGCUUUUGUUAUUACAGAUUAUUGUCGAUUGCUUUACUUGUUAAGUAUUACCCAUUUCUGUUUAAAAUGUCUCUUCUAAAUAUCUGCUAAUAAUCUAACACCAACACGAGCGUGCUCACGCACUGCUAGUUUUCAAAUGUUUUGUGAAUGAAUUAACCCCUUCUUUAACCUAAUAAUCAAUAAGCUAAUUACCUCGCAUCCUAAUGUGCUCCGGCAAAGCCUCAGAAUUAAAAAAUACGAAGCAGUUACUUGAUUACUUGAAAGAACUAUUUCUGGAUCGCAUGAAACUCUUAGCCACUCCUGGCUUAUACAUUCAUAUUGAAAAACUUUUGGGCGAAGAAAUACUGCGUGUUCAGAGCGAAUUGUUUUCAACAUCCGGUAUCUGUCCAAUAAAAGAAAGAGAAUUGCCAAAACCCGAUGGCCCUAAGGUUAAUCUACAAGCUAAAAUAUAUAUGCCGAUGGACUCUACCAAUAAUUACAACUUUGUUGGACGAAUUCUUGGUCCUCACGGAUCCACUGCUAAAUGUUUACAGCAAUUUUUAGGAGUAAGAAUUAUGAUUCGUGGUCGUGGAUCUAUGCGAGAUCAAACAAAAGUUGGAGCAAAUUUUGUUCGGCCAAACUCGGAGCAUCAUUUAAAUGACAAUUUGCAUGUUCUAAUUACUGUUGAAGAUUACGAAAAUCGUGCUAAAGUUAGACUUGAAAAAGCCAGCGAAUAUAUUAGUAUGUUUCUACAGGAAAGUGUAAAAGUAUCGGAUAAGGAAGACAAAGUGAAAAUGAUGCAAUUAAUGGAAUUGUCCAUCCUUCGUAAAGCUUGGCCAAUAAAUUUCACCAAAUUAUCGAAAUUUAAUUUCCAAUCAAGAAGAAAUACACUUUUUGAUAAAUCAAUCACUAUAGGUCAUACCAGUGGAUACAUAUCUGGACCGUAUACAUCACCAGCUUUACAACAUGGUCAACAUUUUCUACCUUUUCCAAAUCCACACCUUCAAGAUCAUCCUCAAGAAAGUCAUCAACAACGGCAACAACAACAGCCUAUUGAUAUUCCUACUGGUCAGUCACGUUGUGAUCCCGGUGGAUUUUCACCAUAUCAUCAUUAUCAAAAUAAUUUUGUAUUUCCAUCUCCCGGUUCAUGUGAUCUUGAUGCUACAAUGUAUUUACAUAAUGACUGUGGUCGACGUGGUUUUACAGGAUAUUUCGGAUCGAAUUGUCAACAUAUACAAAAGCAAACACUAUCGACCACACCAAGUAUACCUAUGGCACCCUUAGCCGUCAGUUAUUGGUCAUGCACAUAUCCUAGUUUACCAUCUCCAGAUUAUCCUAUUCAACACUCAGAAAUGAAUCGUAACCCUACUACUGUCAACACAAACAGUCGACAACCAUGUCAUAUUCAUGAACAUUGUCCUUCGGACAAUGUAAUAUCUCAUAAUUUUAUAAAUAGUUUACCACAACCAAAUUAUACAACACCGUUGAUGAUUCAUUCACCGCGACAACAAUGUCCUCAGAGUAAUCAAUAUUUACCAUUCCAUGGAAAACAACUUGUUCCAUCAAAUAAGUUGACAAGUCAAGUGCGUAUUAACUGUGUUAGUAACUCUCAUAACACUAAUCAAACGUGUCGCCGUCAUCAUCAUCAAAAUGGUAGCACCUAUAGUGGUGGGUCCGUUGAAGAGUUUCAUAAAAGGUUACAAAAGCAUUCAUCAGGCGAUGAAAGUGUUCUUCACCAUCAUAAAUCAGAAGAAUUUAUUCACAAUAGUGUAAUUAUUGAUGAUAACAAUAAAAAUAAUAUUAAUGAUAAUAAUAAUAAUAAUGAUAGUAAUGAUAAUCAUUCACUUUCUAUCGGUGCGUUAAAACGAAACCCUACCAAUCGAAUAAAGAAAUUUCAUUCUGAUAAGUGUAGAACUAUAAUUACUACUAGUAGUAGUAGUAACACUCACAAUACUACUGCUUCUACUAAUCAUAUAGGUCAUCAUCAACAGCGAUUCAAUGGUCAAGCAAGUACCAAUGAAAAUGUUGUCAUUACCUCUCGUAGCAGUCAUAAUUCGAUUCAUGCUCUUAACCCUACUGAUAUUGCUAAAGUAAAUAAUGAUAAUAAUAUCCGUAAAAGUACUAAGAAUUGUUUAAAUGAACAGGAACAACAGUACCAACACGAGUAUUAUGAUGGUUAUACAACUGGGAUGGAAAAAGUUAACAGUAUGCCUCGUAAUGAGUAUAAAAAGAACAGUUUCAAGUCUAGGACUAAUCAUACUAAUACCACUACCAAUACUAAUACUUGUAUUAGUCAUAAUAAUGCUAUCAUUACAUCAACUAUUAACUCUGUUACAAGUAGAAUUAAAACAAUCAAUCAAGAUAAAAAGUAUUUUAUUAAAAAUACUGAGGUUAAUAUAAUAAAAAGUACUCCGUCUAACAGAAAAUUAUCUGAUUCAAGCUUAAAACCUAUUGGAUUAGUUACAGAUGAAACAGAGUGGCCAAGACUUGGGACUAGUGUGAAUUCACUUCAACGAUUCAACACGAUUAUUCGUGCUGUUACCCAAUGUUAAAACAUGACCGUAAAAGGCACGCGCCCACAUUGUCUUACGUGCCAUCCAAAAACGUGACAGGUACUGACCUAUCAAUCUGUCCCGCCGAUUUAUUAUUCUGUAAUAUUGAUUAAAUCUAGUGAAUAAACACAUUACAAAAAUUACCUUCCGACCGUCUCCGCAGUUACCAAUCGAGUUAAACAUCAACUGUUAAUAAUUCUCAACGGUCGUCAUCUAAAUUAAAUGUUGUUUUGAAUGAUGAUGUUGGUGAUAAUAAUAAUGAUGAUAAUAAUGCUCAAUCGAUAACAUUAUCACAUAAUUCCAAGUCUAAUUCACUUGAUAUUGAUGAUAAUAAUAAAGUUGAGUUAAAUCAUCAAUCAUCAUAGUCAACAUUCAAAUCGACCGGGUGAAAAAUGUUCCCGUAUAAUUAAUGUUGAAAUAAGGUUGAAUCUCCAUGAAAUUCAUUGAGAAAACCCAUUUUUUUUAAAAAUAUUGUAAAACAGCUUGUUUUCUUAUUCAUUGUUCAAUUUGUUUUAUUUUGUUUGUUGAAAUUAGGGAUUUUUAUUCUUUAAAAAAAAUAUUUUUCAUGAUUCGUUGUUUAUUCCAUUAUUUUGUUGAUUUCUAUGUUUGCUGCUUUUUACCUUCAUUUCGUUUUCUUUUAUCUUUUAAUAUUUUCCUUAAUGGUUAACCUUUUUUCUUGUUGUUGAAUAAAACUGUUAUGAAGAAGGAAA